AUGGAGAUCCCAAGUAGUGUGGAUACUGAGAUCCUGAGUAAUGUGAAGACAAGUGUGGAGAGUGGUGUGGAGAUGAAUAGUGUGGAGAGUGGUGUAAAGACGAGUAGUGUGGAUACGGAGAUCCAUCUGAUGAUACCACUACAUCAUACUCUCAAUGAUAAUUGCCAAGCAAUGGUGAUGAUGAAUG